CACACACUCUCACACACACACACACACGCUCCCAUACUCUCUCACACACAUACACGCUCCCACACUCUCCGACACUACCUCGAAAACACUGACACGCUAUCUCGCAACGCUCACCCACACGGCUCAUUCCCUUCAUUGACGCCGAGCGGAGGGAUAAGGAGGGUGAGGUUGCUUCAGAGGGAGAAGAUCCGCCAUGCUAUCUCAGCGCACGUGGCUCGUCUGCCUGCUGCUGCUGCUGCCUCUGCUGCUUCUGCUGCUGCUGAGCCCAGGCAUGGAGGUGGACCCUCCGUUGGCCUCGCUCCCCGUUACAAUGCCACCGCCGCUCGUAGCGUCGGGCGUUUGGAGGCUGCAUUCUCUGCUCACGGCGAUUUGGCGCUGGGGAAGCUCCACGGCGUGGCUGUCAUGGCUCAGCGUGACAAUUCAGGACUUCCACCUGUGGCUGACCGUGUCUCAGUGCGCAUCCUGCACCAGGUCAUGCAACGUCAUCGUCUUUGUGACGUCACUCGCCGGGAUUUCCCUUGGAUUGCUCGCCUGCUGCCUCUACUUCCUCCAGAGACGGACGGUGCCAGAUCCCAUGGUGCUCAUGCAGGAGCGCCACUUCUUCCACCACGGCGGGCACGGCGACGGAAUCUUCGUCUUCCUCGACGAGGAGGAGCAGGGGGAGCAAGAGGAGCGUGGUGGUGGCAUGGUCGUCCACCCCGACCGCGACUUUGGCGACUUGGUGCGCUUCCAGCAGAACGCCGGCGACCUGCGCUGGAUGGAACCCUUCCCGUGGGACGAGGACGACGAGGAGCUGAUCCUGCUCUGGGAUGACUGAGGGCGGCCCCGCGGAUUAAUA